CAACUGCUACUGGCUUGAACUAUAAUAAAGCCUUUCAUUUAUUUUAAUCAAUUUCCAACCAAUUCAUCAUACCAUAACCCUGAGUCAACAAACCAUUUUCUUAGGAAAAAGAGAGAGAAAAAAGAAAAGAAAAAGAAAAUACUCAUCAUCAUCAACAACAAGAAGACAACCCUCUUACUGUUUUUCUUUCUUUAGUUUCUUUACCUUUUUUCCCACCUACUUAUCUUUCUUCAACAAAUCUCUACACAGGAAACUCUUUAACUCCCAUUCUGUUCUCUGAGUUAAAGGGCUUAUCAGGAAGAGAAUAUGCAGCCAUUAGUACUUGCUUAGAGUUUUACAUUUUUGUAGUUUGUGAUGGGUUCUAUAGGAAAUCCCAAAACUUGGGUUCCAUUUGUGAAUAACAAAGAUUGUUCUCAAAGAUUCUGCAGCGAGCAUUGUCCACAAUGGUGCUACAUAAUCUUCCCUCCUCCACCUCCUUCUGCCAAUCAGUUCACUGAAGACAAUUCAAGUCUAACUUUUUCUCCUCUUGUAAUUGCCAUCAUCGGCAUUAUUGCAAGUGCUUUUCUUCUGGUAAGUUAUUACACCAUAAUCUCUAAAUGUUGUGGCAACAGAAGCUCUGUAAGAGCAAGUGAAAAUAAUCCUGAGCCAACUCAAGAAUUGGAAGACGAUCACAACCCUUCUCUCCAUGAGCCAUGGUUUGUUGUAACUGCUGGCUUGGAUGAUGCUCUCAUCAAGUCCAUUACAGUUUGUAAGUACAAGAAGGGAGACGGUUUGAUUGAAGGCACUGUCUGCUCAGUUUGUCUCAGUGAGUUCGAAGAAGAUGAAAGCAUUAGGCUUUUACCGAAGUGUAGCCACGCUUUCCAUCUUCCUUGCAUUGAUACAUGGCUUAAGAAUCAUUCAAAUUGCCCUUUGUGUCGGGCUAACAUCUUUUUCAUCAGUGCUUCGCCUCCUCAGUUACCUCCGAUCAUUGAAUCUCCGGCAAAUCAAGACUCGGUACAAGAUAGUCAAGCUGCGAGUGAAAAUGUAGCAAUUGUACAAGAUAUAGAAAGAGGCCUCAGCGAAGAGGGGAUAAUUCAGAAUGAUGGGAAUUUGAAGACUCCAUUGCGUGCUUUUAGUGAUCUGGGGAAUUUGCAAGGGAGAAAUGCUGUUAUGGAGAUGACAAAAGAAUGGUGUCAACACAUAAGAAGAUCAAUUUCAAUGGAUCAUUCAUGUCAAACCGGGGUUUCGAUUGCUGAUAUGCUGAGAAUGAACCGAGAUGAAGAUAUUAUUCGAGAGGAAGAAUGUAGUGGAAGUGAAGGAUCAUCAAAACAAUCAGCAGAAACCAGCAAGGCCAUGAGCAAGAAAAAGGCUUUGCAUUGUGUAAGGAGUCCUGUGAUGAAGAGAACGUUUUCAAGUGGAAGAUUCCUGCUCACCAGGCAAGGAAGAUUGCGAGACUCAAUCAUUCCUCUGUAAAAAAAAAAAAAAAAAAAAAAAAAAAAAAAAAAAAAAAGAGGAAAAAUUGACACUGUAAAAUGUAAGGAUUAGUAUAAUUAAUGAAGAGAAAACCAGAGGUCUUCGAAUCAUAUAUAGCUUAUUCCGUGAGUGAUAACUUUGUUCUCUGUGUCUUUUCUCGCUAACAUUCUUUAGAUUGCAAUGCUUAAUUUCUUUUAGUUUUA